ACUGUGUCACUGGUUGGAGUGGUCUGAACGGCUGGGUCUUCGUGGAACGGUAACUGGUGGGCGAGAGGAGCGAAGGAACCCUUCCGUCGCCCGGGUCCUGAGAGGCCAGCUCGGGCUUCGGGCUGGCGAAGCGCGGAGGGCUGGGCGCCCGGCGGGCGGCGGUGGUUCCGGGACUUGUGUUCUGGAUUUCGCAGUGUUUUUAAAAGGGUUAUUAGACGGAAAUGUUCCUGAUGCCAACCUCUUCAGAAUUAAACAGUGGGCAGGACUUCCUAACCCAGUGGAUGACCAGUCCUUCUCGGGCAGGAGUCAUAUUAAAUCGAGGAUUUCCUAUUUUGGAAGCAGACGAGAAACAAGCAAUUACAAAUGUCUCUACCAGCUUCCCUGUGAAAGCGACCCGUUUCUCAAACAGCUUCAGCUUUAGUAGUGAAGAGGAUUCAUUUCAUGAAGAACAGAAGUUGGAGGCUGGAGGACCUUACAAACUACACCCAGAAAGCUCCAAAGCCUGUGCAGUUUUUCCUUUAGUUAAAAAGGAACCAAUAGUGUCAUGUCAGGAUGCUCCUGGAUACCAGGAAGAUAACAAAAAUGACUUUAUGUCUGAUCUUUCGAGUGAACUCAAAGAAGUGACUAAUAAAAACCCGCUUUUUAAAAAACUGGAGCAGCUGAAAGAAAUACAGCAAAAGAAGCAGGAACAACUGAAGAGGCAGCAGUUGGAGCAACUGCAGAGGCUCAUGGAAGAACAAGAGAAGCUGCUCAUCAUGGUAUCUGGGCAGCACAUGCUUCCAGGUACGCUGCUACCUGAUGACCAGAGCCAGACGCACAGAACUCCAGGAAGUUUAGCCACUCCCCUUCUGCCAUCAGAAAGCUACAGAAAUCCAGCUCAAGAAAACCCGCAUGCUUCCAACAUUUUACCUGAUGAACAAAGCAAUUUCUGUAGAGCUACUCAUCAAGAUUCUGUUUUAACUUUAAAAAAUGCUUCUGAUUUGUUUUAUGAAUCACAAUAUCCAGAAACACAUGUGAAAAGAAAGGAUUUAAAGGAAGAAAACCAUAAUCAUCCUUCAGGAGAAGGUGUUUUGCCAUGCUGGGAAAAGAGGAUGGGGAAGAGUGAGGAAGGAAAGGGUGUGAACUUAGGAAAAAGUGGAGAUUCCUCAGAAGUGGUUAAUGUUGAAGAAAGGCCCAUCAAAGCUGCCAUUAGAGAACAGAAACAGACUUUCGAGGACUACUUAGAAGAGCAGAUUCGACUGGAGGAGCAAGAACUGAAACGGAAGCAGCUGCAGGAAGUGGAAGGACCAUUGCUAACGAAAGCAAAACCCAAGCAACCAUUUUUAAAACGAGGAGAAGGUUUAGCUAGGUUUACUAAUGCUAAAUCUAAGUUUCAAAAAGGAAAAGAGAGUAAACCAGUGAAUAGCCAGAGCCCACCUGAGGACCAGUCAGUAUGUAAAGUAGAUAGACAACACUUGUCGAGGAAAACUGCUCUUAUAAAUAAAGACCUGUGUGCAGAGACUCCCACUGUUAAAAAGGACAGUAAAGCCAGAACCAAGGCUGGUUCUGCCCCACUCAGUCAGAAAUCCAAAGUGACCAAGAUCAAUAUGAGGGAAAGUCUCUCUCCACCAGGACUGAAAGUACAGAUGGGGAAGAAAUGUGAUGGACAACUUAGACACCAGAUCAAAUUAGAAAGAAAUGUACAAGCUAAUAAUAAGGAAAAUGUACCCACAUGUAUAAAGUCCUGUGAUGCUGGCUGUAAGAUGUGGGACCAGACACAGGGGAGAGAGAGGCUUCCUCUUUCCACAGGGCCAGUUGACGGUGUGACUUCUAAGAGCCUGAGAAGUGAGACAGGGAAAGACACAGAAUCGUCCCUCGACAUUUCUCUUCAGAAAAAGUUAGAGAAUUGGGAACGAGAAAAAGAAAAGGAAAACCUGGAAUUAGAUGAAUUUUUAUUUUUGGAACGGGCUGCUGAUGAAAUAUCAUUUUCUAGUAAUUCCUCAUUUGUAUUGAAAAUCUUAGAAAGGGAUCAACAGAUGUACAGAGGUCACAGGAUGUCUUCUACUCCUGUCAAAGCUGUGCGGCAGGAGAAGGCGCAUCAGAUGGAUCCCAGUGGGCAGAGGCACCACAGUGAGUUUCCCCACCAUGAUGUCGCCUGUGAGAGGAGGAGUGCGGCCAUGCUCCUGCCACUGGAGCCAGGGUCCUCAGCUGAUGGCUCGAGGGAACCAUCCUGGGAAGUUAGUAAGAAAGCCUUCCAAACCAGCCCUUGUGGAAGUCAGCGUUGCUGGGGUGCAAGUGACGACGAUGCUGCCAACAGUGAGAGCAGCACCGACUCUGAGGAGCAGCCUGAUGUUACCAUAAAACCGUCCCCUGAGGCUGGGGACAGGGUCUUCAGCAACAAAGAGGACAGCCCACAAGUCUGCAGUGCUAAAGGACCUUUUAGGGACACUGGGACUCAAGAAGAUAAAUGGAGAGAUGCUGAUCUGGACCUGUCUGAGAAAGAGUAUAGCAGUGAUGAGUCUGUCAUAGUCGAAAGCCUGAAAAAUAAAGUAUCUGAGCCAUCAAGAUUCCCUUCAUCUCAAGAUGUGAGUAAAAUUGACUUUGAUGAUGAAAGAUCUUGGACAGACCUUGAGGAGAACUCAUGUAAACAUAAUGUUAUUCUCAGAGAUGAAGCCAUAUAUGAUACACCCCAGACACAGUACCCCAGUAAGAGUGAAGUAUGUGUUCUGGACAAAACAAUCAAAAGGAAGGUUGCACCAGUCAAGAAGGGAGAGGACUUCAGCAAGUCUGACAGGAGCAGAAGCCCCCCUCCUCCAUCUGACUUGAUGGUGAAAUUCUUCCCUUCUCUGAAACCAAAGCCCAAAAUAGAUUCACACUUGGAAAAUGAACCCAAGUUAAACAUGAGUCAAGACCAACCACCAGGUGACAGUGUUCGAUCUCAGGUUUUGAGAGAGAAAGUUAUUGAAUUGGAAUCAGAAAUAGAAAAAUUUAAAGCUGAGAAUACAUCUUUAGCUAAACUUCGAAUUGAACGAGAAAGUGCCUUGGAAAAACUGAGGAAAGAAAUUGCUGACUUUGAGCAACAAAAGGCAAGAGAACUGGCUCGAAUAGAAGAGUAUAAAAAGGAGGAGACAAGAAAACUACAAAAGGAACGCAAAGUCUUUGAAAAGUACACAGCAGCUGCAAGGACAUUUCCAGAUAAGAAGGAGCGUGAAGAAAUACAGGCUCUGAAACAGCAAAUAACAGAUUUACAGGAAGAUCUGAAAAGGAAGGAGACAAAAUGGUCAAGUGCACAUGGUCGCCUUAGAAGCCAGAUAGAAAUGCUAGUCAGAGAGAAUACAGACCUCCGAGAAGAGAUAAAAGUCAUGGAAAGAUUCCGACUGGACGCCUGGAAGAGAGCAGAGGCUGUUGAGAGCAGCCCCAAGGCCCAGUACGGGACAGCCACAAACAAGGAUGACGCCACGAAUUCAUCUAUUCAAUUUCAAAAGAGUCAUGUUUCUUCAAGAGCCCAGGUAGAAAAAUAUAAGAAAAAGUAUUUGCCAGCACAAGGGAAUCUAUCUCAAAGAGCCAAGUCUGUGCCUCCUCGUGAUUUGGGCAUCUCGGAUAAAGGACAAGCUGCCUUGCCCAGAGAGCCUUGUGAACCAGUGAACUUCCCAGAUCUUGAAUAUAAAAACAAAGAGGAAAAAGAGGAAGAAAUCCAGGGAGAAAUCAGUCAUCCUGAUGGAAAGGUAGAAAAGGUUUAUAAAAAUGGGUGCCGGGUUAUAAUGUUUCCCAAUGGAACUCGGAAAGAAGUGAGUGCAGAUGGGAAGAGCAUCACUGUUACGUUUUUUAAUGGUGACGUGAAGCAGGUCAUGCCUGAUGAGAGAGUGGUCUACUACUACGCUGCUGCUCAGACCACUCACACCACAUACCCAGAAGGCCUUGAAGUCUUACAUUUCUCAAGUGGACAAAUAGAAAAACAUUUCCCAGAUGGAAGGAAAGAAAUCACAUUCCCUGACCAAACUAUUAAGAAUUUAUUUGCUGAUGGUCAAGAAGAGAGCAUCUUUCCAGAUGGCACAAUUGUCCGAGUACAACGUGAUGGCAACAAAAUCAUAGAGUUUAAUAAUGGCCAAAGAGAGCUCCAUACUGCCCAGUUCAAGAGACGAGAAUAUCCAGAUGGGACUGUUAAAACUGUCUAUGCAAAUGGCCACCAAGAGACAAAGUACACAUCUGGUCGAGUCAGAGUAAAGGACAAAGAUGGUAACGUUCUAAUGGACACGGAACUGUAAAGGUCUUCAUGAACUAACACUAAAUGGCUUUUCUGUUCAGAGUAUGUACAUUUCUUGUGUGUUGAGUUGUUUAAUUUAUAGUGUAUGUG